AUGGGAGCAUCCAACUCGGUGAAACAUAAGAAAGAACGAUGGAGGCAAGAUUCCUCAUUGUCAAUAGAAAAAAAUACCGGAACCGAAGGAGUAAAACAAUCAGAUGAAUUGGCUGUAGUUGUGGCAAUAGAUUUUGGAACAUCCUACACCGGAUACGCCUUUUCGUUAAAGGGGUCACGUGACGUCAUCAACCUACAGACACAUGGCGGAAAACUUCCAGCGGACCGGGUUCCCUCGGCUAUGCUGCUCAACCCUGACGAGACAUUUAACUCAUUUGGCUAUGAUGCCAUGGAUAAAUACAGUUGCCUGUCUCGGGAGGCGAGACGAGUGUACUUUUACUUUGAGCACUUCAAGCUUUUGCUUUACAGGACAAUACAUGGCAAACCCCGGGAUAACGAGUACACACUUCAUCUACGGGCGAUGAAUGAGUUGGGGCUGAGAGAUGGGACGAAGCUGGACGAGCUUUCUUAUGACCAAAUGCCAAAAGACCUACGGAAGUAUUGGGACUCAAUGGAUAAACGUACACACCAGUCUAACUUAUUCAAUUUUGUGGACCGUUAUGGAAAACAAAUCAACGCGCAGAAAGUAUUUUCUUUAGCAAUCAAGUACUUUAGAGACCUCGCUUUAGACACAGUAAAGAUGACAACACAAGGUUGUAAGGAAGAGUACAUCCAAUGGAUGAUCAGCAUUCCCGCUAUCUGGUCAGACUCCGCCAGACAAUUUAUGCGUCAGGCAGCAGUAGACGCCGGCAUACGUUCUGAAAACCUGCGGCUCGUCCUCGAACCCGAGGCGGCCUCUUUAUACUGUGAAGAACAUGCAGCCGUUGCGUCUGGAAACACAUUAGGGCUGUUCACGCCAGGUCAGAAGUAUAUUCUAGCUGACCUUGGAGGCGGUACGGCAGAUAUCUGUAUACACGAGAUCGUGGGCGAUGGAAGACUACGGGAAUUGUACCGGGCAACAGGCGGUCACCUUGGAGGAAAUACGGUGAAUGAAGAGUUUGAAAAGUUUAUGUCGGGCAUCGUUGGUGAUGACGUUUGGAAUGACUUUAAAAAAUUGUUCAUAGGGAGUUAUUUUGAUAUGAUGACACAUUUUGAAUCUAAAAAGCAUGAGUUUCGUACACAAACAAAACAAGUACAAUUGACAUUAGAACAUUCACUAAUUGAACUGUGUGAGAAGCGUUCCAAUACAACAUUUCAUUCAAUAGUUUCCAAUUGUAAACAUCGCGACGGUAUUGAAUAUAACAGCACUCUCGGUAAACUGUUGAUCAACAGAUUGGUGAUGGAAGGCUUUUUUGAAUUUUCCUUAGAUGGAAUCACCCACACAUUCCGCACUAUCUUACAAUCAUGUGAAACAGACAACUUAGUAACUGUGUUACUUGUUGGAGGAUACGCAGAGUCACAAUUUGUACGGGAGAAAAUCAAGACAGCUUUUCCGAACCUUAGUGUCAUGCUUCCUUCUGACUCGCGACUGGCCGUGUUGAAAGGCGCCGUGAUGAUGGGAUACAAGCCGAGAGACAUCGUGGAACGGAGGGCCAGAUACACUUACGGUUUUGGCUGUAAUGACGUAUUUAAACCAGGCGGACAUCCACUAAAAUUGAAAUACAUCAGUGAGGAUGGUAAAGAAAAAUGUGUUGGAGUGUUUAAUAGGAUGAUAAAGAUGAACCAGGUGGUUGUGUGCGGCGAUACUUUCCAUUGGAUAGGAUUCAGCACAGCCGUUCACCAGAACCAGAGACUUGCAAAUAAGUGCAUCGCACUAUGGCGGUCUAGCAACCCGGGUCCACUAUACUGCCUGGACAAGGAGGGCAGCGAUCUCCUGCGGAUAGAGGACCAGGAGUGUGAGAAGGUGGGCGAUAUCGUCAUGAAACCCCCGCGCGAAGGAUGGCAGCAAUACUCGGAUUGUGAUGCACAGCUUAUCGUAGGGGAAACGGAACUGAUUGUGAAAUACAUCAAUAAAAACACAGGACAAGUGUAUGAAACAAAUAUGAACUUUUUCUAA